CUCAAUCUAUUUAGCAAAAGCCGCCUCUGUAACCAAGUGACCUAUUACCUUCAUAAUGGGGCUCUGCAAUGCUUGUACUCAAGGACUGAGAAACGUUUACCAACAACGAGCGAGCCGUCCCAAUCACGGCUUCAAGAUUGUUCACGCGCCUCACAAUCAGGACACCUGCCAAGCCUGCUGGAUCUGCCACAAAUACUCCAUCUGGCUUGAAGAUCAUUACCCAGAGACUCUCCACGCAUGGAGAUCGGCGCCGCUUUAUAGUAUCUUCCGCUACGACUCGGAAAUGAUAACACCAAAAGACGCCACACCAGAAGAAAAUUGGCGUAUCGUAUCGCUAGGUUUUACGGUACAGCCGCUAGGAUUUUCGAGUCAAGAUGCUACCCUGGGAGUGAGCGUCAGACUAAUGAGUGAUCAAGAAUAUCGAUCCUAUACAACAGGAGGACCAGAAGUCUCGCAACCUACUUCCCGCCUUCAUCUAGUUGGUAUUUGGCUCACUCAAUGUAUGAAGACACACUCGAGAUGUGCGACUUUGCGAAAGCGGAGAAGCUCGUGGUACCCGACGUGUCUUUUACUCCUAGGUCCGGGACACAGCGAUGUACGACUUAUAAUCUCAUCUUCGCACGAUAUGCAAGGGCCAUACAUGACUCUGAGCCACCGAUGGGGUAGUUUUGCCUAUACAAAGUUGACUUCAAGCACUCUAGAGAGCUUUAAAAAUGGCAUAGAUGUCAAUAACUUGCCUGUCCCUUUCAAGGAGACAAUACAUAUUGCUCGGCUGGCAGGGAUCAAGUAUUUGUGGAUCGACUCUUUAUGCAUUAAACAGGAUGAGGAUAAAAGAGACUGGAGAGUGGAAGCCCAGCUGAUGGAUAAGGUUUAUUCGCAUUCCUUCUUGAACGUGUCCGCAACCUUGGCCGAUAACGAUACCCGAUCUCUUUUCGACCAGUCAGGUCAUCCGUUUGAUCCCAUAUCGCUGCCUUUGCCAUACAUGAAGAAGGCUAGGGUCUUUAGAGUUGGCAGCCCUCGCACAAAACUAAAGAUGCUUCAGCAGCGUUGGCGCAGAACCUGGAUCGUUGAUAAUGAGCUCUGGGAUGACGACAUUGAAAAUGCUCCAUUACAGAGCAGGGGCUGGGUAUUCCAGGAACGGUUUCUUUCUCCCAGGAUCCUCCACUUCGCUGAGCGACAAAUCGCGUGGGAGUGUGGUGAGAUCAGCGCCCUUGAAAUGUUCCCAAAGCGAGUGCCUCCAGGAUUACUGAAGGCAUCAAGAAAGGACGUUAUCGAUAAUCUCCUCUCAGCGAAAGCCAUCACGAAUGACAACCUUAUCGACUUCCGGCGAACAUGGGACGAUACUGUUCACAAAUAUACUAAGACAGAUCUUACAUUCAGCAACGAUAAGCUGAUUGCUUUUGCUGGUUUGGCCAAAGCAAUUGAGGGUCUACGGAAUGAUACUUAUCUUGCCGGCCUUUGGAAGAGUGCGUUCAUUUAUCAACUCGCUUGGACUAGAACCAGGUAUGAUGCAGUUCAGCAACCGCUUGAGCUUUCAUCAGGCCGAGCUCCUAGCUGGUCCUGGUUGUCGGUCGAUGGCGAAAUACUGCUUUCACAAGCCCAAAAGCCGCGCAAGCACUUUGCCAGUGUAGUGGAACUCCCUGACACGAAUUGUGCUGGAAGUUCUGCAAUCGCAGCCAGUGGAUCCGUACUGCUCCAAGGGAGUUUGUUACCUAUUGACUCAAUAGAGUGGGAUGAUGAUGUUUUGUCAGAAUUUAACAUCAGUGGUCUCACAUUGAAAGACGGCUGGACUUUUAAUGACACCCAUCUGGACUUAGAGGGCACCAAAGAACAGAUUCUUCAGCUGCAAAAGUCGGGGAUUGCUCUCCUUCCUCUAUUUGCAACAGAUGAACAUAUGCAGUGUAUUGCCGUGACUGGUAUCAAUGUCCCCGGCAGCAUGUCUGUGGUGUUCCGCCGCGUUGGCGCAUGCCAAAUUGAGUACCGAAAACUCCAUAUCCCUAAUCAAGGCAGCCAAGAAGGGUGGAUAGAGGAUCCUUCAACAGUUUUCCUCCCGGGUGAACCUAGUCAUAACUUACUGCACCCUGUUGCGCGUUCUGUUAUAAGAAUAGCUGAAGUUAAUAUUGCUUUAGAUUCAAGACUUAUAAGGCUUAUCUAGCUCUUUAAUCAUUUAGUAGAUUUUAAGUAUUACUAUUCAAUAUAGAAGUACCUCUCAGUUUUAAUC